AUGCUCUCUGCCGGGGAAAGGCCUCAGCCGCCUAUAAAUACCAAAGCGGUUGUAGAUGCCUCUCGGACACCAGUCACCAAAGUUUCUCUAAAUCACAACUCGGCCACCUCAAUGCGGUCAGAGACUUCCAAAGCCGAGAACAUCCAACAUAUCUGGAUCAUCACCGGGCCUGCGGGUUGCGGGAAAAGUACCAUUGGACACGCGCUCGAGAAGGAGCUGGGUCUGCCCUUCCUCGAAGGAGAUGAUUUCCACACGCAAUCCAACCGUGAGAAAAUGGGCGAUGGCAUCCCUCUAACCGACGAAGACCGCUGGGACUGGCUCAUCUCCUUGCGCGAAGCCGCCAUCGAGGCUCUCUCUCCCUCGCAAGCCAACAACUUCCACCCCUCGUCCGGCGUCGUGGUCGCCUGCUCCGCCCUCAAGCAGAAAUACCGAGACGUCAUGCGCGUCGCCGCCUACGGCUCCCCCUCCGUCCAGAUCCACUUCAUUUAUCUCAAGCUGGACAAGGACGUCCUGGUCAAGCGCCUCGAGCAGCGCGAUUCCCACUAUAUGAAGAGCGGCAUGGUCCAGUCGCAACUGCAGGCUCUCGAAGAACCCCAGGGCGAAUGGGAUGCGCUGACCGUCAACGCUGAUGGCCCUCGGGACGAGGUUCAGAAGACGGUUCUUCAGUUGGUGUCGGAGAAGCUGGCGGAGUACCAGUAA